CGCUGUGAUUGGUAGAAAAAAAUAGCUUGAUGAUGAAGCCAAAAUGGCGGACCCUCCGGACGAUGGAUGGCAGUCACUUUUGAGUGAAACGAUACCUGAGUUAGGAACGAAUUUUAACGAUAAUAGAGCCAUGAAUGAUCCUAUGAUAGGCGAUUUUGACGGUAAGUUUAUUCAUCUUUUCAUAUCUUUACCUAGUGUCCGUAUUACUCGCUAAAUUCCUGUCCAAGAUCACCGUAACUUGGUCGUUGUUUUUGCGUUAAGUUACAAGGAUGUUUCGUUCAUAUCAGAGAAAAGGUGGUAAAUUACCAUAAUUAAGUUCGCCAGAUGAUUCGAAAUGAAUGAAAAGAUCUUGCAAAAGUUUUCUUUUUCACUUGUGAUGUUUAGUGUCGUCAAAGUUGCGUGCGAAUGUACACACGCGCAGCAGAUAUAAAUGUGACUCUAAGCGGAUUGUUAAUUUAUGUUCUGUUUCACUUCCUUAAGCGUAAGGCAGCCCAUGCGCUUGAUUAAAAUUAUGCUUAUAGUCACUCGUAUAUUGUAUUUUCCUAAAGCCUCAACAACCAACUUUCUUUUCUGACACCGAUAAAUAAGCUUUGGGCAUGCACUCUCGUGACAAGAUUAGCAUGUUACAAAGUUUAUUUUCAGUUUUGCAUAUGUGCAUGUGACAUUUGUUGUUGAUUAAGUGAACCACGGACCGUGCAUGCGUUGGUUAUGUCUCGUGAUUGGCUUGUUGCAUAAAAAGGUUUGAUCAGGGCAUGUCAGGGGUGGAUACUUGUGUGCUGUUAAAUAACUGAGCUUAGCAAGGUCGUAUUUCUUUUCACGUCUGAAGCGAAAUCGUCCACAUAGGGUGUAUUUACCUUCAGAUUGUAAAUAAAUUUACAAGGAGUAAAAUUCAUCAAAAUACUGGCUAAAUGUAGUUUUGUUUCGCCAAACUUGGUCCAUGAAAUAUUAAAUGAUUGUAAGUUUUGCCUAAUUCAUGGAAGCAAAGCUGCUUCCAUUGUGGUUUACAAACAGUGCUUAUCGCUACAAGUGUCAGUUAGUAGUUUAGGUUUGUGGUUAAUCUUUAAUGUAUGGAAUUCAUUAGCCAAGCUGUCUAGUAUGCAGUCUGUAAAACAGCAUUUAGUCUGUGAAUUGUUCUCUUUUACUGAAACCUCUUUUAGAAGGCAAAUGUAGAUCACACAGUUAGACAAAUGAGACAAUUUGUGCAAGGUCAUGUAGAUCAACUUCAUAUUACGUAUGGGUGACAUGUUAAGUGAAGAGGUUUGUAGACCUGCAUUAAUUAAAGAUGUUCUUAUCUUAGUUCUGCACUCUCUCUUAACAUGUUGACUUGUUUAUGUCUGAUAUUCCAAAUAAAACUUUUUUGUGUUUGAUAGAUAAAUAGGUGUUCAGCCUCCUCUAUGAGUAAGCUUUUUUGCACAUUCUCUCUUUCUGUGUCUUAUGAGUUAUUGAUCCCAUUAUACAGUAUAUAUAGUUACCGUGAAACCCUAGAUAGUUCAACAGGAUUUGGAGGAUCAGUUAGGAAAAAAUGAUAACUGUCUAUAACACAGAUGUGCAAUUGUAGGGUAACUGGUUAAUUUUUUAUUUUUUUAUAUUGCUUUAUUUAUGACAUCUUCAUCUUUGUAUUUAGAGGGAUUUUUGGAUUUCCUUUGUGGAGCACCAUCUGAUGGUGAUCAGGAACAAAACAGUACAGCACUUUCACCUGGGGUGAACCUUAAGACUGACCCUUCACAGCUUAUUCUCUCACCUCCAAUCACACCUCCAGAGUCAAUGGAUACAGAUGAUGAUUCUUCAUCCUCACUGAACUUUGCAGACUAUCUCUCCAAACUUACAACACAACAACAAGACCAAUCACCAUUUCCUAUGUUUCAACCCAAGGUAAAGGUGAAACAGGAGCCAGGAGUUUGUGAUCCUGGUCAGCAUGGCACUCCUACACAGAAUCAGAACACCACCACCCAGUACCUGCUUAAUUUACUUCAAGGACAGAAUUCCAAACCAGCUCCCCCUGCAAUGCACACCAAGAGCUUAGAACAGCUUCUUCAGGAGCCUUCAAUCCUUGCACCAACCUCACAGUCUUGUGCUGUUACAGUCCAACAGCCAACAGUUGUUACACAACAGGUACCACAGAUGUCUCAGACAACCCCUCAACUCCUGCAGCUGCUGCUUCAACAACAGCAACAGCAGCAACAGCAGCAGCAGCAACAACAUCAACAACAACAGCAGCAGCAGCAACAACAACAGCAGCAGCAGCAACAACAGCAGCAACAACAACAGCAGCAGCAGCAGCAACUGCCGCAAUUACAACCCAAGCUUCAGCUGCCAACUGUCCAGCCACAGUGUUCAACAAGCCAGCCUUCAUCAAGUCAGAACACUCUGCUACAACAGCUUUUGCAGCAACUGGGUGUGUUACCCAAACAGAGCACAACUGUAGUGCCACAGCAGCAAGUGGUAGUUCCUGAAGAACAGUUAUCUCCUCAACAACAGGUUCCCUCUCCAGCCUCUAUCUCUUCACUGUCAUCAGCACCAGGAUCCCCUGUCCAUCCAACUUCUCCAGUGUUGCCUGUUCAUUCAAAUUCACAAGUCACAAGUCCACAAACUCAGCAGGUGAGUGAUUCUUUUAAUGAAGUGUAGUCUGGUUGAAAUCUCUCACUGACUUUCGGGGGGAUUUAUCACUUGUUUCACCUUGAUUGUGGCUAGAUGUGUGUGAAUUUUUUUAGCUGGCCCAAAUUAAAGAAAAGUAACAUAAUGGGCCCAUGAUAGCAUUCACAAUUGCACCAAUAGCAGCUAAACAUCAUGCUUCUUCUUGUGAUACAUUACAAUUCAAACACAUCAUCUGUUGGAAACAUGCAAUUUACUAGUGAAAACAUUGAAGUCUAUUAUGUAGAGUGAUAGUGAUUUUGUGUCUCAAGACAAACAAUUGAACCAUCAUUUACAUGUAUCUACUGUAGAAACCAUGAUCAUACUCACAAGUACACCUUUCAUAUGAAAUUUCAGUUAUUAUAGAAAUUCCCUAAAAAGACUGAAUUUCCCUCGUAAAGAUUAUUAUGCUCAAAUUUUUUCUUGAACUCUUUUUAUGUAAGAAUAGUGCUGUGUGCUUAAAUUGUUUGUAACUCUGUAUCUUCCAGAAACUUGUUCAACCACAGAUCAUAAAGCCAGAUUCUGCUUCCACUGUCAUUGGAACUAUUGAACUUAGCCAAUCACAGAUUCAGCCCACACUGUCCCAAGGUCCUAAUGGGGUCCUAACAGCUACCAUUCCCAUUGUCUUGGAUCCAAACAAAAUUCCAAUUAGUCGCCUGACAAAUGGUAAGGGCCAAGGAGGAGUCAAAACAGAAAAGCGAUCAGCUCACAAUUUGAUUGAGAAGCGAUACCGCACAAGUAUCAAUGACAAGAUUGUGGAGUUGAAAGACCUUGUGUGUGGGCCAGAUGCAAAGGUGAGGCUAUCAUUUUGAAACAAUCAUUGUUUCUUAUUAUUAUCUAAAACUAUAAAAAUAAAAUUUUUACCAUUUUUUGUAGAAGUAUUGCAGUUUGCUGAAAGAAAGAAAACAGGAACUUUGCCAAGGGUGUGUGUGAUUUUAAUGUUGUUGUCACUUUUUUUUAAGAUGAACAAGGCUGGUGUGUUGCGGAAGGCCAUAGAGGUAAUAAUGAAGCUCCAAAAUGAAAAUGCACGCCUCAAACAAGAAAACAUGAGUUUGAAAAUGGCACAGCAAAAAAGAGGUAAAGACUAUUGAUACUGUUUUUGUAAGACAAGGAAUAAAAUGCACAUAUUACACAAAGUACUGUCUACAUGUAUUUCAGAAGUCUAGUUAAUGUGUUCUGGGGACUGUAACAGGCACAUGUCACAAGGUACUUCCUUGGUUUGAAGUACUCUUGCUGGUAUGCCUGAUAAAAUGCAGGCUGGUUCAUUAACAUUCUGUGGGUUAAAACAAACUUUUGAGCACUUUUGUAUUGUUUGUGCUUACUUAGGAUAAAAUACUGCUUUAUAUUGAUCUUGAAAAAAAUGGAUUAAUUCCCUUCAAUCCUACUCAGAAACCAUCACAGAGCUUGUUCGAAAGCAAAAGGAACAUCAGGUAAAGAAAGAGGUAAUAGAAGACUGCACUAUGAUGGAGGCUGAAGCUGUAAAGAGUGAAGAAUCCAACAAGAUAGAAGAAGUUGCUAAAGCUAGUAGUGUUAUAACAAGCCCUCUUACACCUCCUACACCAGAUCCACAGAGCAAAGACAAGACUCACAUCAAAGUAGAAGCCCUGCCUGUCAAUAGCUGUGGAAUGAUGGAUCGCACCCGCGUGGCAUUGUUUGCUUUCAUGUUUACCUUUUUGUUUAUCAACCCUUUGAGUUACAUUGUGCCUCAGCUUGAUAAAGGUGAAGUCAAUAGCCUUGGUGUCUUUUUAACUGCUGUUAUCUACCUGAAUUUCACAAUGUCGCUUCUUUUGAAAGACAGUCAUUACAAAUAGUACACAGAGCAGCCUAAAUUUCAUGUUUUUAUGAAAGUUUCAACAUCACUUGUUCAUUGUUGCAUAAGUUCAUGAGUCUUUUUUCAUUGAUGUAAUUCCCAUAAGUAAAACAAACUAGUAAAUUCACUACUGAAAUUUUUCUCUAGUAUAAACAAAAUCAGUUGCAGAAGAAGUAACUUUGAGCACAGAAAUGCUGUAAUCACAAAAUCUUUUUGAAAUGUUUGGUUGUGACUUUUGAACUACCUAUACUAUUCUAACUUUUAGGUUUUAUUAUUUACAUGUGGAAAUUUAUGGUGGUAACAAAAGUGUUUUUGCUCAAACUGUCUUUGUAAAAUGCACUUUGUUCAAACAGGUAUGUUUUUCUCUAACCCUGUGGAAAGUGAAAGACCCCGUGCUGCUGGAAGGACAUUGCAUUCUUAUAGGGAUAAUGUCACCAUACAGCAGGAAAAUGGGCUUUGGAAUACUGCCCUGAUUGCCCUUAACUGGUCUCUGCAUGCUUUUGUAGCCUUGGCAGUGUUGGUGCGUAUCUUUGUAUUUGGGGAGCCUGUGACAAGACCACACUCUGAUAAUGCAGUCCUAUUCUGGAGACACAGAAAUCAAGCUGAUGAAGACUUAAUUAAGGUAAGGUUAAAAGGAGCACAAUGGAGAGGUGAAUACCAAGCUUAACUUUGUCAAGGUCAGGUUGUGACUACCUAAAUUCUCAAUAUUGCCUGACAAUCAGUUUUGGAGGUUCAUACAACUUCUCAAAGCUUAAUACUUAGGCAACUGAGUUUAAAUAGCCAAUUUUGCUGAAGAGAAAGCAACAGGACUUUAAUAUUAUGAUAUUUAAUGCAAGUGUUUAUCUCAGUGUGAACCAUUUCCAUUAAAACAAAGUAAUUUUUUUUUUCUGCUUUCCAUUGUGAGGCAGCUUGGAGCACUGUCAAAGGAAGCCUAGACAUGAAUAUCACAGCCUUUAGAUGAGUCUCGUUAUGUUGAAAUUAAAUUGCUUUGUCUUUGUUGUUUACAGUUGUGGUUGAAAGUAUGUCACAUGACCACAGUUGUAUUAAAUUCAAAGUGUAAUGGCCUUUGAGACUUUGUAUGCAUUAAUUAAGAGUUGUCAAUUUCUUUUUCAGGGUGAUACUAUCUCAGCAGCACGUCACCUAGAAAUUUGCCUCAGGGCACUAAAACGUCCCCUUCCUGUUUCAAAGCUUGACGUGGCUUGUGGCCUUGUUUGGCAGUUGAUGCGUCAUGUUCUUCAGAGGCUAUGGAUUGGAACUUGGCUUGCAUCUGCUGCUGGAGGAAUAAAUUUAUGGGGACGAAGUACUGAUACAAAGGAUUAUGCUAAAAUAUCAGCCAAAGAUGCAGCUUUAGUCUACCAUAAGUUGCAUCAAUUGAGCCUUACAGGUAAUGUUCUUUGAAGGUCCUACAUGCUGCUUAAGUGUUUGUAAGCUUUACCUUUUAUUUUUCAGCUAAAUUUUAGGAGAAAAUACUAUUCCAAUUAUUCAUGCUAGAUCAAACUUUCUGUAUGUUUUGAGAGAGUAUCAUUGGAAAGGUGCAACUUUCUCAUAGUACAAGUGUAUGUAUAUUUUUGUAGGUCAUGUCUCUGUGAAUGGCUGGCGUUCUUCCUUUCUUGGCUUGGCAGCUGUAAACCUUGCAGAGUCUGCGGACAAACUGAUGAGCAUUGACAUCUUAGCAGAAAUCUACGUAUCAGCUGCAAUACAGAUAAGGACUUCAUUCCCAGAUGGACUUCACUUUAUUGCUGUAAGUUGAAUAUUCAAAGAGAGUACAGUAUGCUCUUUCAGUGACUAGACUUUUUCAGUUUUGACAUAUUCCAGUGUCAUCAGUCUGUGUAUCAUUUCAUUUUGUCCAUCCUAAGUCUGCAGACUUUUCAUUUGUUGUUAGACAUAGGUAUUAGAAUGGUUACGCAUGACACCAUAUGUUUUGUUCAGAGGUACUUCCUUGGCCGGGCACAAACAUCUUACGCAUCUCGUGGAACAACAGUCCCAGCCUCACUGCAGUGGCUCUUCCGUCCAAAGGGACACCGCUUCUUUGUCAGCAGUCGGUGGACUUGCCAGGGAGGUGAUAGCAUGUGGGCCAGUAUCAGUGACAAAAGUGAGUGUAAUUUUUUGAAAAAAAGAACCUUUCCACUCCUUUUGUUUGCUGCAUGGAAUAGGGCAGGUGAAGCACAAGGGGUAUCCAUAAAUUCUGCAGCAGUGAGCAAAUAACAGUCCUUUUGAUCCUUCAUGGAUAGGGCAGUGGUUCAGUGUAGAUUACCAUCUUUCGGCUCCCCACCCCUCCUCUCCCACAGUAUUUUUGUCAGAUGGAAUCUCCUGAAAGUUGGCUGCUACCUUUAUUUGUACUCCUGAAUGGAGAAAGACGUUUUGUUAUUUAAGUUUCUUACCUAGUGAGUUUGGCCAUGGCUAUAACUUUCACUUCUGGAUUAGCAUAAGGCUUGCACAUCAGGUCUGGAGAAAUAGUAAAAAUGGAAACAAAUUUCAAAGUAUCAUUGCAAAAAUUUUGUGCUAAAGAUGGUCGGAAUUUGGUGGAACAUGUUACUUUUAUUUUGCCUUAUUUUUACAUAUGUAUGAAGAUAAAUUAUGUGUGAGAAGUUACUACUAGACUGAAAUUAUUUGAUGCAAUUUACCAUUUAGCCAACCCAGUGGCUCAUGUGAGUCAAGCAUUCCGGGAGUACCUCCUCCGCUAUGCUCUCUCGUCUAUUGUAUUACCAAGUGCAACAGAUGAAGAUACCACUGGUGAUAAGAGUGUGCGAGAUGCCCUCAGGUAUCUUCACAUGCUGAACGAGUGUGCAUCUACUAGUGAGAAGCCUGUCAACAUGUCUUCAGCUGUUGGUGAUGAUGAGGUGGCCAAAUGGUGGGUAGCAGUGGGAAUGGUGGCAGUUCAUUGGCUGCAAGGAGAAGACGAGACUGCUGAGAGGUUUUACAGUACAAUUGAGAGUGUUCCCAAGAGCUUGUGGAAUGCAGAGUAAGUUAUAUGUGUUAUGGUGUGUAAGUGGACUGGACUUGCAAGCUACAUAGACAUUGUCAGUUUUGUAAACAAAUAUCUGAGCCACAUUUUUAUCCUGAUAUUUAACGAUAUGGUCACCCUUAUCACAAGGGUAUUUUGUUGUGGCAAACCACAAGGAUUUUUCUCUGGUUUUCUUUGGUUCAGUUGAGGGAAUGGUUUAAUAUUGACCAUUACAAGUGAAAAUUAAAAAGUAUUUUAAACAAACGUCCAGGGAAUUCUGCCCCUUAAUUUCUCGAUGGUUAGAGUGGUUUCAUAAUCAUUCUCUUCUUUAUUUUGACAGUGUUAUGUUGAAAAAGAAAUGGCUGACAUAAGGUUAAAUCAAAAAACAGAUAUGCUUCUGAUGCUCUUUUGUCCCUUCCAGUUAUUCUUCCUUGAGAACAUCUGUAAAAUUGUUUGCAAUUUUUGCUGACCAUGACAAUUUGUUCUGCUUUAGAGAUCCUGUGGCAAACUCAAGAGACCCAUUAGCAAAAGCUAUCCUUAGAGCGUACCUAGCUAAGAAACAGAUUUUGGGUGGGGACACGCAACCCAGCUCACUUGAAGAUUGUGCACAGCUGUGCAAGAAGUCGGGUCUUCAUCUACAAGAGAGCAUCAACCUGACAUCGUCUCUGUACCAGUCCACCAGCAGCCGCCUACACCAGCUCGCACAGCUUUUGUGCUGUGAUUGGCUGCUGGGUACUCGAAAGGAUAUCUGGGAAUUUUCACAGAAACCUCACUUUACUGCGACUGUCCCAACUGAUCCGGUUGAGUUGCGUUCGUUUCAGAAUGAUUUGGAGAGUUUGCAGAAACUCACCCACAACCUUCCAGCUGCUCUGCCAAGGGUAAACUUUCCUUUUUUUUUGUUAGCCAUGAUGUGGACAACUCCCAUUUCCCUUGCCUCAGACAUAAAGGAGGAAAAUUUUCUCUGUGCGGGCCUUCUUCCCUUACAUUUAAAUGAAGACAAUAAGCAAGAUUCCCUCUGCUAAUUCUAUGUGAGCUGGAGGCUAAUGUUGUGCCAUUUUUUCCCUCAGCUCUAUUUAUACGAGGCUGUGGCUCGUCUAAUGGCAGGCGCCAACCCCACCGAGACUCACCAUCUGUUACAGAGGAGCACGUUGAGGCAGCGAGUGGUCACCUCUCGUCACCACAAAGGACAGCAGCCUGAAGACGAAGGUGAUCUUUUGGUUAUUUUUCUUGAAUGUGUCAACCAUUAGUUAGCAGGUGAUUGACUGACUGAUUGAUUGGUUUUUUUUACUGUUUUCAGGAGACGAGGAAGAGACAACAUGUGUAACAGGUGAGCGGGAGAAGGCUGCAGCCCUUAUGAUGGCCUGCCGACACCUCCCUCUGCCUUUCCUAUCCGGUCCGUGUCAACGUAAGAAGAUGCUGGUUGAGGCUGCCACUUCCCUGGAGAAAAUCGGAGACAAGCGAACACUGCAGGAAUGUCAGCAACUUCUGCUUCAGCUGAACUCGAUUUCAGCCGUCGAAUGACAGCAGAUUUUAAAUUGACAUCGUUCCUGUUACGUAUAUUUCGCUAUGUAUGCUUCAAAAUCUUUCGUAGGCCCCAGCAUUCUUUCGAAUAUUUCCCUACCAUUCAUAGCGCUGACCGCAAAUUCUAGUGUGAAAUUCUUAGGACUACAAGAGAGUUAAGGCGUAAUUGCAUCGCUUGUCUUCCCGUCUUUUGGUUACUGAGGAAACGAGAGCCACAACAGAGGCGAAGCGACAGCAUGUAGCUGUCUCCGGCACCCCACAUCAUGUCAUAGCAGAUCAUAUGUGUGCUUAAUUUGCGUCACAAUAAUAACAGCUUUG